UUCAAGCGACGUUGAUAAUCCGUACGUCUUGCUCGGUUCUCUCGGUCCGCUUCAUACCUAACUAUAACGCCGUCGUCGUCUUCUAGCGAUCAUUACUAACUCGUAUCGCUCGUUUGGAUAUGAAAAGAAGUGAGUUGAUGUUGAUGCUAUUGUGGGUGAUCACCACAGCGGCAGCUGGAGUGGGCGUGGACUCAGUGGUGUGCGCCGCAGAGAAAGGAGAAAUGGGUGCACCUGGUCAUCCGGGUUUGCGCGGAGAAAGGGGUUACAAAGGUCUAAAAGGGAACUACGGAAUUAAAGGAUCUACUGGAAUAAAAGGAGAUCCGGGAUUAAGAGGCGGUCCGGGUCCUCGUGGACCUGCAGGACCUCCCGGGCCAGUGGGUGAAACGGGAAAACCAGGAAUGAUUGGACCCAAAGGUUCUUCUGGGCCUUCAGGGCAUGAGGGUCCAGUAGGACCACCUGGUUUACCAGGUUUGAAAGGAAACCAGGGAAACAAAGGAGAAAAGGGAAUUCUUGGGUCACGAGGUGUUGCAGGAUCUGAUGGAAAUCCUGGUCCACCUGGUCAUACAGGCCCUUCUGGUGCACGUGGUUACAAGGGAGACAAAGGUCCACGAGGUUUAACAGGUCACAAGGGAGAGAGAGGAUCGCAAGGAGUUGCGGGACGUGACAUUGAUGAAGAUACAAGAGAGAGUUUGAAGGCAUGUUGUGAUCCUGUUAGUGCUCUCAAGACUCAAAUGGCUUCUCUGGAAUCAAAACUCAACAGCAAAGUUAGUGCUCUCAAGACUCAAAUGGCUUCUCUAGAAUCAAAACUCAACAGCAAAAUUUCUCAUUUACAAAGUCAACUACAGACUGUUACAGCUAUCCAACCCGCUGCUCACUUGUCUGGAGAUGGAACCAGCCGUACUUUCACUCAAGAAAAUCCUGUAGCGCGUUGGCGCACAAACAACUGUUCAAACCUGUUUUGUCCUCUGUUGCGUGGAAGAAUGACUUACGCCGACGGAUACAUUACUGUGCCCACUGACGGCGUCUACUACGUUUACGCUCAACUGCUGCACUACGUAUCUUCUAAAUACAGUGAUAUCCGAUUUUUUAUUGUUGUGAAUGGUAACGACAGCGCUCUCGCGUAUUCUCGGUCACCAGGAGACCAUGCCAGUUUGUACAUUGGAAGAAUAAUCAAUUUGCGAAAGGGGGACAAGCUGUCUAUUAGAACGGCCAGAACGGUUUACAUAUAUUACAAAAGCGAUCAUUCUUUCUUCGGUGCGUUUCGAGUCUUGUAAUGGACAUUAUCAUGCUGUUGUUCCGUGCUGUUUCAAGUCAGUUAAACUUGAUAUCAAACAAACUUUUUUGACAUAGUUGCAGACUCUAGAGUAGAAAAUUGUUAUCGCUGGCUGGCUAAUUCUAAUGCAUGCAUUGCUUGAUUUUGUGUAGAAUAUUGGUGUUAGUUCUAAUUGUUCGUAUUCUAUAGUAGAAAGAAUAUUCAGCAAAAAUUCUUUUCUGCACAA